UCUCUUUUGUUCUUCGUUGCAUCAAGAUAGCAUCUAUAUAUAAAGAGAAAGUUGAUUUUAGCUUUCUUUCUUUCAAUUUUGAAUGACAAUGUGAUGCCUUUUUGUUAAGAUUAUUUCUCUAUUUAAAGGCCUUGGGAGUUUGGAGAAUCUUUGAUUUCUUGUGCCAUGUUUCCAUGCAUUAAACGGGAGAAGCAUAAGAGUUUUCCUUUUUUUUUUGUAACACAAAUUGCUCUCCUUUAUUGUGAUGAAUUUUAGGUGGAUUAUUUUACGAUAAUUUCAAUAAAACAUGGGCAUCGGGAUUUCAUGGUGACUGUGAGGGCAAAAUGAUGAUCACUUUAGUUUAUUUUGCAAAACCUUUGUGAACAUUACAAACCAAGUGCAGAUUUUGAUUUGAGUUUGGGUUCCAAAUUGUUUUUUGGAAACAAACCAAGUGCUGAUUUUGAUUCAUUUUGGGUUCUAAUCUGUUUUUGGAAACAAAACAAGUGCAAUUUUUGAUUUGAUUUGGGUUCUAAACUGUUUUUGGAAACAAAAACAAGUGCAGUUUUUUAUUUGAUUUGGGUUCCAAACUGUUUUUGGAAAUAAACAAGUGUAGAUUUUGAUUUGAUUUAGGCUCCAAACUGAUUUGGAGAUGAGUUGUGUGCAGAUUGGCACUGGUUGAAUACUGCAAACUUUUUUGGAAAUAGAUUGUGGGCAGGUUUUUACUGGUUCUAUGCUCCAAAACUGAUUUGGAGAUGAGUUAGCUGCAGUUUUUUUUUUCACUGAUUUCUUCUAUUUGUUUUACUGCCCUCUCGCCCCAUCUUCUUCAUCUUCUUUGUUUUAAUCCGGAUGGCUGGAGUUGAUGAAUGGUUUGAGGUUCUAUGAUUAUCUAAAAUCUGAAAUGAGUUUGUCUUGUGGAUUAAAAUAGCCUUAACCCCUUCUUGGCAUUCUCUUGAGAAGGGUUGCUUUUCCUUUCCCAAAGCCAAGCAAGAAGCCAUGAUAGAUCCGAUUUGAAGUUUAUAAUGCAUCUUUUGGGUUAAUUUUUUUUCUGAUACUGUGAAUGAUAUUAUGAGCUCUCUCUAUUAAGAUAAGUAAGAAUCUGAUUCCUUUUUGGAUUUCUUUUGUUAAGAAUGUAACGGUGAUAGAAAAUCUAGUUCCUUUCUUCUUUAAACAAAGCUCUCAUGUUAAUGUCACUCUUAUGAGAAGUUAGAGAAUGUUUUAUAGAAAAGAUUUGGUUGUCUUAAGUCAGCAGGGCUGUUUUUCUUCUAUCACAUAACGUGAUACUAGUUUUGAAUCUUUGGCAAGCUAUGAUUGUGCACUUGAUAUUAGAAAUGAGUUUGUGAGUUUGUUGAAAUUCCAUUCCUGCUCAUUGGUGGCCUCAAUUUUCAGAGAAUGCAUGGUCCGAAUGCAAAAUCAUAUGCUUCAUGUUGAAAGAGAAGUGUGUGUGUCAGGAAGAGAUGUAUGGUGGAAGCUUGCGUGUUGUGGUUUGUUUUGGAAAGAAGGAUGGUGGGGUAUCUCUUUGCAUGAGUAAAAUAAGUGGUUACUUGAAAAAAAAAGAGAGGAAGCCUCUUAUUAGUUUUGGUGGAGUGAGGUGUUGGAAGUUUGGGUUUUGUGGAAAAGUGGAGUCCUAGCUCUCUCUCUCUCCUCCUCCCUCUAUUUCUUUCUUUUCCUGUUACUUGUGCCUUGAGAUGAAAAGUAAUGCUUCCAAAGUCCAAGAUUAGAAAGGCAAAUGGUUCAACCGGUGUCCAAGCCCGAAAAAAGAUACGUUCUUAUUUAAUUGUAUUUCAUUUUAAUUAUUUGCUUAUUAAAUAUUUAAUGUGCUCUAAUAAAACCUUCGACUUUUUCUGUGUUCUUUGCGAGGUACUUUUUGGAGAGCAAAGAAGACAAGGAGCUUCGGAGCACUAGAUGAAGGAGCACAAACAAUCAAAUUCGAGCAUCAGUCGCCUCCAUUCAUUCUGGUGGGGACGCUACGGGCGGAACCACCGAGUUUUAUCCCCUGGUGCUUCGCACACAAUGAAUGCCGAUCCAAUUAAUGAUUGGGAAUUGACAACUACAAGUAAAGCUAUUAAUAUUGUCAUUAUUGGGAAGGUUGGUCAUGGCAAGAGUGCAACUGGAAAUAGCAUUCUUGGAAGCAAAGCCUUCGUUUCUAAGCUUGAUAGUUCGAGAGUAACUUGUUCUUCUAAUCUACAAAGAAUUAUUCGUAAGGAUGGUCGUAUCAUUAAUGUUAUAGACACUCCAGGUAAUGCUCAUCGCAUUAUUGAUUUAUGAAUAUUCAUUAAUUCCAAAUAAUGUAUAUAUAUUUUUAAAUCUUUA